GGAGCUCAAACAAAAUUUCAAAAUGAACACAAUACGAAAAAUUCGAUCAAUUAGAAGAAUAGAUGCAAGCCAGCUGCUGUAUUACAGUACCGAAAAAGGAUCGAAAGAGUCCAAGAAGUGCUCCGACCUUAAGGCAAUUGCUGUGCCAAAGCCAGAUAAGAAGAAGCCACAAAAGAAGGAGCCGCCAAAAAGCAAGGAUCAGAAAAGGGUCACACUGAUCCAGGGUGAUGGUGUGGGCUGUGAGCUGACCACCGCAUUGAGGCAGGUUUUCGAGUCAGCCAAAGUGCCAGUGAAAUGGGAGGUGUUUGUCGACUACAAGGAUUGUGAAACCAAUAAGAUUAGCCCAAAGCUGGUGGAAUCCCUCAAGCGCAACAAAGUGGGCAUCAAGGGGCCCAUGGAUCCCGUUUUUCUCAAACAGCUACGCAAAGCAUUCGAUUUGUACGCCUUUGUGGCAGUCUGCCGCAAUCUGAAAGGUCAGAAGUCGGUGUAUGACAAACUCGACUGUGUCGUCAUCCGAGAUGUGAUCGAGGGCGAAUAUUCGGGCAUUGAACACAAUGUUGUGCCGGGCAUCCUGCAGUCCAUCAAGGUGUGCACGUCGUUGAAUGCCGACCGCAUCGCACGCUAUGUGUUCAAGUAUGCCAAGGAGAAUCAGCGCAAGAAGAUCACCGUGGCGCAUAAGGCGAACAUUAUGCAACUGACCGAUGGCAACUUUCUGGAAAGCAUGCGGCAGGAAGCCACCAAGCAUUUUGGUUCGGUGACUUUUGAAGAGCGGUACAUGGACACCGCCUGCUUGAAUCUGGUCAUGCAGCCCGGCCUGAGCGAUGUACUUGUCGCCUCUAGCAUGUAUGGCGAUGUCCUUGUCAUGAUGGCCUCCGGCAUUAUGGGUGGCAAGUCAUUGUGUCCCGGCUUUGGUGUUAGUAAACAUGGUUUGAUCUACGAUACACUGAAUAAGAUCAACAUGAAUCUCGCUGGCAAGGAUAUUAUCAAUCCCACGGGCAUGUUCCUGUCAGCGGCACUUAUGUUGCGAACCUUGAAACUCAACUCGCAUGCAGAUAUCAUUCAAUGUGCUGUCGAGCAGCUCUUUCAGGAUACCGAUAUACGCACCCCGGAUGUCGGUGGAACGGCCAAGUGCUCAGAGUUAACAAAAGCAGUGUGUGAUAUUAUUUCAAACAUGGAAGAAUAACACUUUUAGUUGCAGCGAAAUUAUGCUUGGUGUGUGUGUCCCAAAAUCCGUAUAUCCACAUGGAAAUUCUAUGUAUAAAUUGGUUUAAAACCCAGCGAACAUCUGCACGUUCUACACGAAAAGUAAAAAACUGUUGUUUUUUCUAUUUUGGCCAACAAUAUGAAAAGUUUUGGACAAGCACGUGUGCGGAAUAACGGUAACUGGCUACAAGUUGAAACUAAAAUAUAACCCAAAUUAGAUUCACUCCACAGGUAGUUUGUGCUGAUAGCUGAGCCAACAAAUGCCAAAAGUUUUCAUAUUUUUUCUUUUUUCUGUCCGUUUUUUGUUUGUUGGCUAACAGAAAAGUCAAAAAUUGGACUUUUUGUAAGCGAAACUUUAAGGGGGUUGUGCUUUGGAGUUUAUUUUGAAAACAA